AAUCUGGUCUCCUGUGAGGCUCAAAGGCCAGAAAUAAUGUACACCAUAGUUCUGCUGGUGGGCUUUUUCAUAGCUGCUUACAUCUUCCAUGAGACGACGGUGAAGGGGAAGAGCUGCACCAGCAAAGCAAAGUUGCAUGGCAAAACUGUGAUAGUGACUGGCAGCAACACUGGCAUAGGGAAGACCACGGCMAUAGAACUGGCUAAAAGAGGAGCCAGAGUGAUCCUGGCCUGUCGCAGCAAGCAGAGAGGAGAAGCUGCUCUGCAGGACGUCAAGAGGGAGAGUGGCAGUAAUCAGGUGGUGUUCAUGCAGCUGGAUCUGGCAAGUCUUAAGUCGGUCCGCAGCUUUGCAGAGAACUUCCUGAAGACAGAACCCAGACUGGACAUCCUGAUCAACAAUGCAGGUCUCUACUUGAUGGGCCGAACAGAGGACGGGUUUGGGAUGAUGUUUGGCGUCAACCAUCUCGGUCACUUCCUGUUAACCAACUUGUUACUGGAGCGGCUGAAGGAGUGCGGACCAAGCAGGGUGGUGAAUGUGUCGUCUACGGCRCACAACUGGGGAACAGUCGACUUUGACUGUCUGAACACGCACAAAGCUUUGCAGAAAGGGACGUCUAYGUGGGACAGCUUCAGAAUUUACGGCGACAGUAAGCUGUGCAACGUUCUCUUCACCCACGAGCUGGCCAAGAGACUGAAGGGAACCAAGGUCACUUGCUACUCCCUCCAUCCAGGGGGCAUCAAGACUGAGCUGAUCAGGAACGCAGACUCGACCGUUCAGAUGAUUAUAUCGAACCUUGGAAUGUUUUUCUUCAAGACCCCACUCCAGGGAAGCCAAACCACGCUGCACUGCGCCCUGCAGGAGGGCAUUGAACACCUCAAUGGGCGCUACUUCUCCAACUGCACCGCGAAAAACGUCUUCGCCAAGGCCAGAGACGAUGCUGCCUCAAAGAAGCUGUGGGAGAUCAGCGAGAGGUUCUGUGGCAUCUAACGUGUAUUUUAAUYGUCCUUAACUAAAGUUGUUCAAAUAAAAUCCAUUAUUUCUUAAAGAGUAUAAAUAUGCUGUUAUUGACAUGUGCUCCUUGCAAGAUAUCUUGUUUAACUCAGUUUAACUUACAAUUCUUGAGGCCUUUCAUACUGGCAAAUCGCAGAAUUCACUCUUUUGUAUAAGCAAAGGUGAAAGUAUGAGUUUAUUAAGACAUSGAUACAUAAGAGAACAUCAACAACCCAUUUUCCACAAUAGGGCAACUUUAUAUAUACAGCAAUAUAAGCAGCUAAUGGGAGACAAGUAUGGAAUUAAUAUGUCACAUCUUGCAACUAACGCAUUAUCUGCACAUGUGUACACUGCUGAAUGAGCCUUGUAUUAUUAAGAGGACGUAUAGAUAUCAAUAAUUAUUUUGGGACUACUGACUUUGGAAGAGUACAGAUAAAUGCUUUGGAUCAA